UAUUGUUUAUCAAGCAAGACAUGGGCAGAGAGGUUUGGUGGCAGCUUUAGUCAGAAUAUGCAAGCUUGUUCCGCAGCUCUAGACGGUUGUCAAAUUUUAAUUCUCUCUGAUAGACAAGUUGACAGAGAUUACGUUCCAAUUAGGUAAUUUGUGUUUUUUAAAAAAAGCAAAAUUUGUACAGGGCGCUUCUUGCUCUUGGUGCAAUAAAUUAUUAUAUAUAUCAGUCUGGUGAAGUAAAGCAGGUUUACGAUUUUUGUGUUCUUCUUGGAUUUGGUGCUGAUGCAAUUUGUCCUUAUAUGGUAUAUGAGACUUGUUAUAGACUUAGAACAAUGGGACUUUUGGAUAAAAAUCUGACAGACGAUGCUGUUGUACAAGGGUAUGAAGCAGGAAUUGAACGAGGCAUUUAUAAAGUGAUGGCAAAAAUGGGAAUUAGUACUUUACACUCUUACAAGGGUGCACAAAUUUUUGAAAUUGUUGGGCUGGGUCGUGAAGUUGUUGACAAAUGCUUUACUAAUUCUUUGUUUCGGCUUGGCGUUGCUGACUUUGAAACUUUGGUAUUGGAGGCAAUUCGAAGACAUCGGAUCGCCUAUCCAAAUGUACCAAAUAGGGAUUUAUACCUUUAUGAUGAUAGAAAAGUUUUCCUAAGUCCUGAAAUUUAUCAUUGGCGCGAUGGUGGAGAAAAACAUGUCAAUGAGGUUAACAUAGCAAAACUUCAGGUUAUAAAUUCUAAAGAAAUCUUAAAUUUUACUUUUAAAGGCUGCUGCUCGUUUAAAUGA